AUGGAGCCAAUACGUCCCAAAAACCGCCUCGGCUUUGAGAUCGCCAUUAUUUGCGCUCUCACGAUCGAAGCAGAUGCUGUUGAAGCUCUGUUCGAUCAGUACUGGGACGAUGAUGGCCCGGACUACGAGAAAGCGCCGGGCGAUCCGAAUGCAUACUCAACAGGGUCUAUCGGUAAACAUAAUGUUGUCCUCGCUCGAAUGCCCGAUAUGGGGAAGGUCAGCUCCGCAACCGUGGCUGUACAUUGCCGUGUUAGUUUCCCUAACAUCAAGCUCGCUCUUGUCGUCGGUAUAUGUGGUGCGGUACCCUUUAUACCUAAGAGCAAUAUUGACAUCUACCUCGGAGAUGUAAUUGUGAGCAGAGGAAUUGUUCAAUAUGACCUCGGGCAUCGACUCCCGGGACAGUUCAUCCGCAAAGAUACAGUCUCGGAAGAUCUUGGUAGGCCUAGCGGAGAAAUUCGCUCCUUUCUAGCGAAACGCGAGGGCAUCCGGGGUCGAAAAGGAUUGAGAACCAAAACUAUAAGUUAUCUGAAUAGUCUUCGGAACGAACCUGAGCUGGAAGCAGAGUACCCCGGUGUUCAAUAUGACAAGCUAUUCAAGGCUAUGUACCGUCAUGUCAGCGAUGGUAAUAGGUGUGAGGAAUGCGGAUGUAGUGGAGAGCUGGUUGUCCGUGCUCGCCAUUCCCAAGAUAUACCACAGCCGGCAAUACAUUUCGGCUUGAUUGCCUCUGGCGAUGCAGUGAUGAAGUGUGGUGUGGAGCGCGACGAUAUAUCAAAACAAGAGGGUGUCGUUGGUUUUGAGAUGGAAGGUGCCGGAGUUUGGGACACGUUCCCUUGUAUGGUGAUCAAGGGUGCCUGUGACUAUGCUGACAGCCAUAAGACGAAAGUCUGGCAAAGAUAUGCUGCUGCAACAGCAGCGGCACUUCUGGUCACCUUCUACCAUCGCAUCACCUAA